GAUGGUAGGGCAAGCAGCAUCCUGGCCUCUGGGCGCGGCCAUGUUGGAGGCUCAGGAUAAGAGCCAUGGCGGCGAGGACGCUUUCCGCGGGCAGAGCCCAUCCAGCUCCGACGGGCAGAUGCUGGAAGUGCGACCGGGGUUGUUCCUGGGUGGAGCCGCGGCCAUCGCAGAGCCCGACCACCUGAAGGAGGCAGGCAUUACGGCUGUGCUGACGGUGGACUCGGAGGAGCCCGACUUUAAGGCAGGGGCUGGGGUCGAGGGUCUGCGGAGUCUCUUCGUGCCAGCGCUGGACAAACCCGAGACCGACCUGCUCAGCCAUCUGGACCGGUGCUUGGCUUUCAUCAGCCAGGCCCGCGCUGAGGGCCGAGCGGUGCUAGUGCACUGUCAUGCAGGAGUCAGUCGAAGUGUGGCUGUAAUGACUGCUUUUAUGAUGAAGACUGACCAACUUAGCUUUGAAAAAGCCUAUGAAAAUCUUCAGACUAUCAAACCAGAGGCUAAGAUGAAUGAGGGGUUUGAGUGGCAACUGAAAUUAUACCAGGCCAUGGGAUGUGAAGUAGAUACCUCUAGUACAAUUUAUAAACAAUAUCGUUUACAAAAGGUUACAGAGAAGUAUCCAGAAUUGCAGAGCUUACCUCAAGAACUCUUUGCUGUUGACCCGUCUGCCAUUUCACAGGGAUUGAAAGAUGGGAUUCUCUACAAAUGCAGAAAGUGCAGGCGAUCUUUAUUUCGAAGUUCUAGCAUUUUGGAUCAUAAUGAAGGAAGUGGUCCUAUAGCCUUUGCCCACAAGAGAAUGACACCAUCUUUCAUGCUUACCACAGGGAGUCAGACUCAGUGUACCUCCUAUUUCAUUGAACCUGUACAGUGGAUGGAAUCCACUUUGCUGGGCGUGUUGGAUGGACAGCUUCUUUGCCCCAAAUGCAGUGCCAAGUUGGGUUCUUUCAAUUGGUAUGGUGAACAGUGCUCAUGUGGUAGAUGGAUAACACCUGCUUUUCAAAUACAUAAGAAUAGAGUGGAUGAAAUGAAAACGCUGCCAGUUUUGGGACCACAAACGAGAAAGACAUGAACUUGUGCCAUUUGAUAACUUGGGAAGAAACUUGCUGAGGAUAUGUGUUACCCUUGCUUGUUGUCAUUCAUGGCAGAUUGUCUAGUUUUAUAGGCCAUCAACAUUUCAUUUGAAAUGUGAGAAAAACUCAAUAUGGGCGCAGCAGAAAUGAAUCUGACUAGGAACCAUGAGGUUAUGGGUUUGUU